CCCCGCGGCCGGCCGGCUUCCUGUGGGCGGCCUGUUACUCUCGGCGUCUGUCUCUCUCUGUCUCUGAAAAAAACCAUCGUCCAAAGCAGCGCGUUAACAAUGUCGCAUCAGACAGGGAUACCCGCUACCAGGGAACUGAAGGACUUCUUUGCAAAGGCCCGCAAUGGAUCUAUUCGCAUUAUGAAAGUUAUAAUCAAAGAUGAGCAGUUAGUGUUGGGGUUGUACAAGGAGCCAUUACAGACAUGGGACAGAGACUAUGAUAAUUUCAUCCUUCCCCUGCUGGAGGACAUGCAGCCGUGCUAUAUUCUUUAUCGCCUCGAUAGCCAGAAUGCACAGGGCUAUGAAUGGCUCUUCAUUUCCUGGUCACCUGAUCAUUCCCCAGUCAGACAAAAGAUGUUGUAUGCAGCAACUCGAGCCACUGUGAAAAAGGAAUUUGGUGGAGGACACAUUAAAGAUGAAUUGUUUGGAACAAUGAAGGAAGAUGUCUGUUUUAGUGGCUACCAGAAGCAUGUACUUUCCCGUUUGGGACCAGCACCACUGACAGCAGCUGAGGAGGAGCUGAAACAGAUUAAGAUUAAUGAGGAUAAGGUGAUCCAGGAUUCUUCCAGCUCAAUGGUAAAGACUGAGAUCAGUGUUCAAAGUAAGCACCAGACAAUGCAAGGUAUUGCAUUUCCAAUCCAAGAAAGUGCCAUUACGGCUCUCCUCUUACUUAAAGAGAAGAAGAUCAAUUACAUCCAACUGAAACUGGAUACAGAGAAGGAAACCAUCAACUUGGUGCAUACAGAUGUCACUGACAUCCAUGACUUGCCAAAGAGAAUCCCAAGUAAUGCUGCUCGCUAUCAUUUCUUCCUCUAUAAGCACUCACACGAGGGGGACUACUUAGAAUCAAUUGUGUUUAUCUACUCCAUGCCAGGGUACAAAUGUGGUAUUAAAGAUCGUAUGCUCUACUCCAGUUGUAAGGGACCUCUACUGGAUGUGGCAGAACAAGAGCUACAACUGAAAGUUGUCAAAAAGAUUGAGAUAGACAAUGGUGAAGAGCUAACACCAGAUUUCCUUUAUGAAGAAGUCCACCCUAAACAGCAUGCUUUCAAACAAGCUUUUGCAAAGCCAAAGGGACCGGCUGGAAAGCGUGGAAUGAAGCGGAUUAUCAGAGGAGGUGGUGAUGCAGAAAAUGGAGAGGAUGUUUAAAAAAUAGACCGUCGGACCUAAGGGACUUUGGACUGACUUUCUAAUCUUUAACACUGAACUUCAAAUUUACAUUAGAAUAUAUAUUUACAUCAGUUGAACCUCCUUUUUUUUGCCCUUUUUCUCCCAAAAUAUGAUAAGCACCUUUUUAGACUUUUUAAUUAUUGCUGACGCUUGUUUCAGAAUCUUUGGGAGAGUUUUUGAUUUGUACAAGGUCUGUCAUGUCAUCGUUCUAUGAAACACAAAAUAAUUGGCACAGUUUCAUGGCAGCUUUGAAUUCAUUGCCUGCUUUAACAUAUCCCAUUUAUACUUUGAGAUUAGGAUCGGUGGGGAACCAGACAAUCUCCACUGAAUCUGCUACUGAAUGCACUACAAUUAUCCCAAACUAAAAAACAGUAGACAUCCUAUCAGGUUCCCAUCUCAGAGGGAAAGCUAGUGUGGUGCUUUUCAAGGUUUGACCAAAAGCAACAAAGCAUAAUUUUUAAUUUGAAUGACAAUAAAUGGGGGAGAAUGCAACUAUUUUCUUACAAACACUACACGCUGUUCACAUUCAGAAGUAAUUAAAAAAUUCAUUAUCUGUUAGUAAUAGUAACCAAAAUUGAAAACAGUUCCUGAAAAUUCCUAAACUAACUUAAAAGACUGGUGUACAAAUCACUAAUAGACCACUGGGUACCCAAAUCCACAAUGCCAAGGGCUCAGAUAUGUGAUUUCUGUAAAAAAACUCUUAGGAGGUUAAAUCCAUAAUCUUCAAUUUGAACUUCCAGCCAACGCCUCAGAUACAUUGGUGCAUGUUCACCACAAGCUCAUACUCUUCCAGCAGAUUGUGAGGGAAUUGGAAAGCUUUACCAUAAUCUAUUACCAUGGAAACCAGACACCAUUGCCAGAAAACAAAUGUUGGAUGAAAGUAUCAGUCCGUGAAGUUGCUCCCAGUUCCCUUUUACUCUCAACUUUUACUAGAUAUUGGUUAGAGUGGACAAUGACUUCCUAUUUUAAUUUCAAAGGAGCAAGUGCCCAAUGUAGGCCAUUUUGGCAUAUCAUCCAAAUUUACCUAUUGCAUAUUAGGGCUCUGUACACAAAGGGAGCAGGAAUUUGGAAUAGAGUUCACAGCCUCCUGGUUCUGAACUUGUAUUUGUUUUGUUGUUGGAGGACUGUACGUUUCUACUGGAAGCUGAUAUUGUGGUACUGUAAGUUAAUUCACGAAAUGCACUUUGCUUCAGUAUAGCUGUAGAUAGAGAAUAUACCUGAAUUUGCAGCUGUGGUGUCUGUGGGACUAGAACCAUAGCACUAGAACUAAUUGAUUCAAGUAGAUCCAAAGGUGAAUUUAGAUAAGAGUCAAUGAAAAAGUGUACAUCAAGAGAGGCUGCACUCUGCACCUUUCACCAACAUUUCUUUUUAAUGUGGAGUUUUGACCAUUUCUAAAAGAUAAUAAAUUAAUUUUAACUUGUGUAAAUCACAUCAGGUUUUAAAUCUGUCAUGUUCAUCAGUUAUUUUGGGCAGCAUACCUGCUUAGCAGUGUGCGGACAGCUCUGUUUAUUGAUUUGUGCUGCUUAGGUAUCCAUUAUUGCAGUCAGUCACUACAUUGAUUAAAUAAAAACAGAAAACACUGGAGAAACUCAGCAGGUCUUGCAGCACCUGUGGAGAGAAAAUAGAGUUAAUGUAUCAAGUCCCGUGACCCUUAUUGAGAACCAAGUCAUUGGACUUGAAACAUAACUGUUAUUCUCUCUCCAUAGGUGCAGCCAGAUCUGUUGAGUUUCUCAUACAUUUUGUUAUUUUAUAUUGUCAGCAUCUGCUGAUACUUUGAUUUUAUUUGAUUACAGUGAUUAAGAUCAUCAUCCUUUUUCCCAAUGUAUUGUAUUGAUUUGGAAGCAUGUUGUAGUUUAUUUGGGACUUCGUCACAUGAAUUAUUGAGAUCUUUUGCAAUGUGCCACAUUGAUUUGUGUCGCAUUGGCUCCCAUUGGAUACAGUGUAGUGAAGGUUUUCUAAAAAAGGCAAUUAUAUUUGGAAUAAAACAAGGGAACUGAUAGCCUGUACACUACUCUCAAUCAUCCGCAAAAUGAAGGAAGGUGUAAUUGGCAAUACUUUCAAACCACACUGACUCACCAAUAACUUGUUUACCAAUAUUCCAUCUAGAUUUCUCAACACCCACUCAGCUCUAGACUGCAUCACAGCUUUAGUCCAAACAUGGACACAAGAGGUGAAUUCUAGAGAUGAUGUGAAAAUUAAUUACCUUUGACAUCAAGGUUUCAUUUGACUGAAACAUCAAGGAGCCCCCAGAAGCCUGUGAGAAUCAAGGGCAAAUCAUCCUGCUGGUUGGAGGCAUGUCUAGCAUAAAGGAACAUUGCUGGAGGCCACUUAUCCCAGCACAGAACACUGAUGCAUGAGAACAUCAGGAUAGUGGCUUCUGCUCUAUUAAUGACCUUCCCUCCAAGAUAAAAUGAGAAGUAGGAAUGUUUGCUGUUGUUUAUAAUUCCAUUUCCAUUUGAAACUUUUUAGAUAAUGAAGUGGUGUGCUCCUGCAGGCAUCAUGAUCAGGACUAUUUUCAGGUUUGGUUUAAUUAGUGGCAUGUCAUAUUUUAUCAGCCAUGACCAAAUGGCGGAGCAGAUUCAAUGGGCUGAUUUGCCUAAUUCUGCUCCUAUAUCUUAUGAACUUAUGAACGUUCAUACAAAUACUAGGCCAUGACCACCUUCAACAUUUUCCCUUGAUACUCAAUAGAAUUACCAUCACUGAAACCUCCUCAUUAACAUCCUAAGGGAUCAUAAUUAACCAAAACUUUAUUGUAUCAGCUAUAUAAUUACUGGGCUACGAGGUCAACAGGUCACAGAAAGAGAAUUCUGUGGCAAGUCAUUGGCCUCCUGACUGCCCAAAGCACAAGUCAGAAGAAUGUGAUCCAGUGCCUUCGCUUGACCGAAUGAGUACAACACAAGAAGCUUGUCACAUUCCAAAACAGAUCGCGUGCUUGGCACUCCACCUGAAACGUUUAAUCUUUGCACUACUAGCCUACUAUUGCAGUGCCUGCCACCAGCAAGAUGCCCUGCAGCUACUUGCAAAGGCUCCUUCAACUGCAUCUCCAAAACCAACCCUCUGUUAGGACACAACAUAUGGGAAUAAUACCAGCUACAAUUUCCUCUUCGAGUUACAGACCACCUGAACUAGGGAA